AUGGAGACUUCUCUAAGGUAUACCUGCAAUUCCAAGUCUUUGAAAAUCCAUGCGAAGGAGAAGCUUCCAGUGAACUCGAAAACCCAUUUGCAGCUUCAUGGAGAGCUAGAUACUGGAACUGGUGCCCCGAGUUACUUCUGUGCGAUGCUUAGACACUUUUUCCCUGAGGCUUUAACAGGCCUUGCAGUAGGAUUGCAUUAUGACAAGCGACAAAAGCUUCGGUGUCUUGUACGCGGGAAAAAAGAGUUUCCUGUGAGAACUGAUAGACUUGUGACCUUUAAUGUUAAAGGGCGGUGUGACUUUGAUCAGGACUUCAAUCAGAAAAACCCUAAAGGAGCUGCAGAAUUUGCCUGGAACAUAAAGGAUUUUAAGGAAGAUCAGGAUGUACGGAUCAAAGUUGGCUACGAAAUGUUUGAGAAGGUCCCCUAUAUGCAGAUUAGAGAAAACAAUUGGACUCUCAACGCAAACAUGAAAGGAAAAUGGAACUUGAGGUUUGACCUAUAA